AAUCUCCAAAUGUAUCAAAUAUUGAUCCUGUGAGCCCUAUGUUGAACGACAAGUUUCCAGUUUGCCUUCAUUCAUAGAGUUCUCUGUAAUGUUUUCACACUCACGUCUUAACCUUUUCACAUUUCAAAUCUGUUCACGAAUCCACCUCCGGUGUCAAAACAAAUUUGGUUGGGUUUCAAAAAUUGUUGAUAUACACUGCUUUGUCUACUGAUAAGGGUUCUUUUCUUCAUGCAAGAAGUGUGGAUAGUUGUGUACAUUUAUCCGAGUAAUUUCUUUUCCAAAUAAAGUUAAAAGUUUUUGCUUCUUUUUAAAUGGAAGUUUUUCUUCUAUUUCUAAUAAUAUUUACUUCCUAAUAAUAUUUACUUCCAAAAAUAUUUGUGGCAUGUUAUUGCUAGGCUGUUCAAAGAUGCUUAAUUGUUCAAUUAGGAAGCUGUUUGGAGCUAUUCUGAGGCUGUUGGGCUAUUUGAAACAGAUUUUUUAUUGUUCAAACUUAUUUUUGAUGUUCAUAUAAUUUUUCAAAUUUUUUUGUGCUUAUUUUUAGUAUGACUCGGUGGUCGUUUGGUCCUAAUUCUUAGUGCGUAUGAUGAUGUUUUUAUUUUUGAUGUUAGGUUUGUUGAAGAAUUAGUUGCUGCUAAACAAAUGGAUAUCUUUGACAAAUGGAUGAGAUUUUUAAGUGUUCCUACAACCAAUGGAGGUCGAAGAUACGAUCAUGCCCGACAAGCUUUAUAGAGAUUUCAUCUAAUACGGAUUGGCUUUUAGUGAUGAAAGAUGGCGGGCAGUUCUAGCCCAAGAUGGCAGCGAUUCCAUAGCCAGAAGGUUAUUGAAGCAUGCUAAAUCUAGCACAUAGAAAUAUGAGUUGGAAGUACACGCCACAUAAAGAAUAGCACUGAACCAAAAAUGGCAUCGUCAUGCGUACCACCACCACAUUUAGAGCCCAAUUCUACCUGAAGGUGGCUUCAGUUUCUUUUGGGAUGAGAGGACUCAACCACAGGGUAGAAGAAGACAACCGCCGGGGAGGAGAGAUGAAUCCAAGAAUUUCAGAACAACAUGGCGAUCCAGAUCAUAUCGUUACCAAGGGCCAUUUAACAGCGAUUCAGGCGUUUCAAUUUCGAUUGAAAGCAAGGUAUUCAAAUUCCAUAUUGCCGACAAUCUUAUAAUUUCCGAAUCCAAGAAUGGUAUGUCUAGAUCUCUCUCUAUCUCGCGUUCUUUCGCUCUUUGGCUUUCAGAAUCCCUAAGCCACCCACCUUUGGCUAGAGAGGGAUGGGUGAUUUCAAAAUUUGAAGGGAGUGCAACUGUAAAAUCUCACUGGGAUUCAAACCAGUUUGGAUGUUUCGUUAGAUUCAGUGCAGGAACCGAUAGGGAGAAGUCUACUAUCUGCAUACCAGUUGGAAGAAAUUCAGAAGGCAUUAGGCUUUUUGUAAAAGGAUUGAAUGAAGUUUUAAAAUUUCAAGAAGGAACUGUCUCGGCAGAAAAGGAACUUUUAUCUCCAUGGAAAGCAGAAACUUCAGUUCCUAUAGAUUUCACAGACCAGAUGCUUCAGGUGGAGAGGGUAGGGGAAGAACAUUUGAGCUAUCCGUCCAUCUCCUCAAGUCUUCUACAACGAGAUGUUACGCAGGGUGCAAGGAUGACUAGCCUCUCAGAACAUGAGUUGAAUGAUGGGUCAGAAGAGACUAAGGAAGCUGAAGAUGAAGAAAAGAAGAUCCAAAUGUUAUUUCAACCAGCUUUUGAUGCCUACUUCGAAACAAUCUUCAGAGCAGUGGAAAAACAGGUUCAAGAGGCUCUGGCUAGGACAUCGCUACUGGAUAAACUGAAAAUGGGGUUUUUCCAAAACAUGGCGGGUAAAACUCUUCGAGCAACACGAGAGACGGUGAAAAGCAUGGAAAAGGUGACCCUAGUUCAAUUUGAAGAUACUAAAUACACAGCUUUCAUUUCGUGUUCCAAAGCUGAUGAAAGGAUUGUGGCGGAGUUUCUAACAGGGGAGCAGGUUGAAGAGUCACAAGAUAAUUCUGGUUAAAGUUUAGUCUUAAUUAUGUUAAUGCAUCCAGGAUUACAUGUUUUGAUGGUUGUCUUUUGUAGAUCAAGCGAGGGCCAAAUGAAGCAGGAUUAAUCUUGUCCUUUCAGGGGUUUAUUGCAGAUCAAGAAUUAUGCUUUAGAGUUUGCCAUAGGAUUCUGGUUUUAUUUUUGAGACAGGGUUCUCAUAUUUGGAGGAACAUAGUUCAUCAUUUGUACUAGCAGGGUCCUUCAUAGACAGCCUUAUUUUCAAACGUUUUUCCUUGUCAAGUUAUAAUGAAUGGAAUAUGGACAGUAAUACUGAUUGUGAUCUCAGGGUAGAGGAACUGCAGGAUGACCUGCCACGGAAGCAGUUUUGGGUUAUUGAUAUGGAUGCCAUAGGAGUCCUGCCUCUUUAUCUCCAGCUCCUCUUUUAUUUUUUUGUCUGUUGUCAGCUUCUUCUUUUAGUUUUGUGUUUGGCAGUCCUUGUUCUCUAUUUGUUGGUUUUGGUUUACCUUUUGGCCUGUUGUCGGGAAACUACUAUCCAUUCCACAGUUUGAAAAGGCUUGGUGAGAAUUUUUGAAAAGAGAAUAAAGGGAGGUUCGGUAU